AUGCAACACCACUUCCCCGUGCCUCAUCAACAUUCCUCAUCUACCUACUUCACCCCCGCAACAAAAUCAGCGACACAGUCUGACUUUCUGAGUCCGCGUUUCUCCCUCUCGCCUCCCAUCUCUUCUUCUCUUUCUAUCAUCCUCCACAUCACUGGGCCUGUUCUCUGUUUUGCUCAUCAAAGCAUCCCGGCGCACCACACCUCUGUCGGCUUUAGUAGGCUUCGCAAGUUCGCCUCCUUUCAUGCCAGACGAAGUGCAAAGGCUCCGCGAGACCUUUGGGCUUGUUACCAUUGA